GAAACCCCAUGCUUCUCUUCGCGGUCUCGCAAUGGCGAAAGUUGCUUCCUUUGAAUGUCAGUACUGCGACCUGCGGUUAGCGAACAAUCGCAGUCUGCAGAGGCACAUAAAACUUGUGCACAAAAUCACUCACCCGAAGUACAACUGCGACGAGUGUGAAGUAGCCCUGACUUUGAAAGAACUGGAGUACCGCCAUAUCAGCGUGCAUUUCUUCGAGCCAGAAUAUGAGAGGUAUCACUUUCUGACAAUGCCAGCUUUCAAGUCAUUGAAGGAAAAGGUGGAGAAAGACACACGCAGUCACUUCAUUGCAAGGACAGGUACAGAGACUUGCGGCCACCUGAAAAAGAAGCAUUUCUACUUCGUCUGUCACCGGUCUGGAAGUUAUGCUUCACAAGCUACAAGUAAACAAAAGCUGAAGCGGCCUUCAAGUGUCAAGUGUGGAAAAAGAUGUUUUGCGGCAAUGGCUGUGACUGAAGACAACACAGGGCACUAAACUUCAGUAAAAAAAAAUUUUAUGAGCCGCACAUUCUAGCAGACAAAGUAAACUGCAAGUACAUUGCUGGAGAAAAAGAAUGUCUCAUGUUGGUCUUGCAUAUAUAAGUUACACUGUUCUACAAUACGCUUGGACGAAAAUGAAAAGAAAAUGGUGGCACCUAUGGUUUGGAAAAUAUGAUGCCUUAAUACUUGGAUGCUCAUGAAUCAGCUAUGUGAAUGAAACAUGAUUGAAACGAUCACGAUAAUUAGGCUUAUACCCCUGUCACACGGCGAAAACUAAUGUCAUUUGAAAAUGAUGACAAUGACGAUAGUAAAAAAAAAAAACGCCUCAAACCCACUUUUGUCCAAUAAUUAUUUUCCAGUAUGCUAAAUUCCACUAGAAUAUGUGAUCACUGCUUUCAAACCGUAGUGUUCGAUUACUAACUUGUCGACAUUGCCAACGAAGUCGAGUCGAGCUAAGGCAAGCAACAGGGCGAAGAGAACGAUAGGCGCGUCCGCUACAUCUGCUAAAAAAGGUACGAGAAGGGCAGUUGCAUGUCAUCGCCUUUCUGAUGUGCAUACGAGCUUCUAAUAUCCUCAUUCUUGGCGCGUGCCACAGGAAAAAACGCGCACGCUUUUAUGCCAAGUCAAUUGAAGUGGCCGCGGCCGAUGCUCCGGUGAGAACCAACAUGACUGCUGCAGCGAAAGCUAAAGAUGGCUGUCUGGUCACUGGACUGAGAGUAGUUUUCUGUAUUUACCUAUGUGAUGGACUUCAAUGUCGUUAAAGCAAUAAUUAGGUAAUAAAAUGGAUAGAAUAGUGAUUUUUUGUUAAAACAAAAAAAGAAGCACGUACUGUUUGCGAAACACUGGUAAACUCGUGGUGUCGAGGAUACACAUUCAGUUCCAAACGAAUGCGAAUGAGUUUGGCGAACUGAUUUGUUUGUAAAUGUCCUUACGUUUUACCGUGUGACACCAAAGAAAUGGCAUUAUCAGCGAAUGUCAUUCGUUGUAAAUGACAUUAGAUUUGCCGUGUGACAGGGGUAUUAGACAUGAACUCGUAAAACAGCUUCAAGUGUCCAGUCAGUACUCUACUUGACUGAAAUAAUACCUUUAACUCAAAAACCCACAUGACUGCAUAGCCUUCAAAGCAUACGUUCACAGGUGCGUCUGCUCUGUAAAUAUGGAUGAAUGACUGAUAAAUCAACCAUUAAAAAUAAUUGCUGAAAGCUUUAAUUGACAAUUUUUAUAUUGACAUUAAUCAAAUUAUGUGCAUCAAUUCAGUCAGUAACAGUGAUGUUUAAGUUAAUCUGGAAAUGCUGCGCAUGUUUUCGAUUGCAGACUGUUUUGCCCUUCUAUGGUGGCAUGCCACUAUGGAAGUGGCAAUAACUUAUGCUAUGGAAUGUAAUUGGAAAAUUAAGUUCUAACUGUAGGAUAGAAAUUGAUAACAAUGGCAAUAUUUAGUAAAGGAACUAAAGUGGAAGACAUUUUUGCCCUGGGUAGGAUCUGAACCACAAUCUGCACAUGUCCAGUCCAGUGCAAUGCUUUUACAAUGGUUCAGUAAUGUCUUUUGUGCGAACAAGGUUACCAACAGUGAAGGAUGAAAUUGGCAGCCUAGCUGUAAACUUGGUACACACAAUAAAUUUCUUCACUUACGUACCUGAUAACACUGGUGCAGAUAAUCCCUAUGACGGUUUAUCAAACACCAAACAUUUAAACACUUUAAUAUGUAAUCUUGCCUCUUCAAAUGUAAUGUAAUCGUGUAGUAUAAUUCAGAAAUGUAAUCUUGCCUCUUCAGCAGCUGAAGGCUGCAUAACACCUAACCUAACCUAACCUAAAAAGAACAAAAAUUGCGACAGCUUGAACUAUUUAACACACACCAUUGCAAAAGGUUUUUGUAAGUUAAUGUAACUCAUUAUUCAAUUAAAGGAAUUCUAAAUAAUGAUAUUAAAAAUGUUCAUCAGUGCCCAUUUCACUUCCUUGCGUGCUCGGUAAUUUUUACUUAUGCUUCAACUAAUAUACACUUUUUCUCUACUCUCUCAAGACAAGCUGCGAGAAGGCGUGUCCAUGGAUGCAGUGCAGUACUGGAUAAUGUGCGGUCCAACGUGGAUGAGACAUUCCACCGCAUUAACCUGUUAAGCAAGCAGGAUCUCCGCAAAAUAAUGAGGGAUGCCAGAGUCUCGAAGACCGAGCGGCUGCACGAUAAUGACUAUGUGAGCGUGCAACUCUGGGUUGAGAGGAUGCAUAGUGAAAAGGAAAACCCAUUGCUCUUCUUUAAACACCAAGGACAACCUGACAAAAAGUGACAUUUUUUUAGAGAAAAAAAUGAGGACCUUUUGGAUGACAGAGAUUUUAUGCUAGUCAUCAUGACCACACCACAACAGGAGCUUUUCAAGAGGCUUGGAACUGAUCGUAUAUGUGUCGAUGGAACACAUGGAACAGCAGGUGAGCAGUACUAUAUAAAUGCCUUAAUAAUAAAAGCAAGAAAGAGGGAAUGCUGUCCAAGAAUAAUUGCAAUAGAUAUGAUGAGUAGUAUUCCUUCACACAUGA